CCUGCCCGGCGCCGCCAUGGUCUCCUGGAUCAUCUCCCGUCUCGUGGUGCUGAUAUUCGGUACGCUCUACCCCGCUUACUCCUCCUACAAGGCCGUGAAGACGAAAAACGUGAAGGAAUACGAAAUGUCUGAGGAAGGAGAAGUGGGAGGAAACACUGCAGUCUGGAAGCACGUGAAAGUCCAGGGACGAGUUAUUUCUUGAACUCUUUUCUUAUGCACUGUCGUUCUACAUCUCUUUCAGUACUGCUUCUGUUUUCUUCUAAUGGCCUGAGCAAUCUUGCCUGAUUUGUGUUUUCUUACCUACCUUGCUGUUAUCAACAAUUUCUCUUGGUCGGGUCUUCAUUCCCAUUCCUUCCUGCAAUUAUUUCUCUCUGUCUGUGCCUAUGCUAUUGUUGCAAUUGUGUUAUUUAAACCACCACGGGGUUUUCAGUGAUGAAAUGUGCCACCUUUAGAGAAGUGCUGUUGUUCAAAGGUGAUUAGUGGAGGUAAGUUAUUUGGCUUAUGGGUAGGAUGGAUUCAUUUCUGUUUAGGGUAAUGAAUAGUCAGAUAGAGAAGAGAGGUAAUGUGACUGAGUAGGACAUAAUUUACUGAUGCUGCUUUGCAGUAUAGUCUGAGAUUCUUCAUCCAACCAACUCUGUUUGCUACUUGCAAAACAGCACGUCAGUGAUAAAUGUUGCAGGAUCUUUCUUAUGCUGCUUUAGUCUUAUAAAACUGCCUAGACAUUUCCUGUGCCUUUACCUAAAAUUCAGCCCAUGGGGUUUAGAAUGUAAUAGAGGCUGAUGUGAAAUUGUCUCGUAGUAGAAAGCUUUAAAAACAACAGCUCAGCUGAUUUUUACUUUUCCGUUCUUUCUUUCUUUCCUUCAACAGAGAAGGAAAAAUGUCAAUGUUCAGUGUGCGCUGACAUCCAGAAGAGCGUUUAGGAGUUGGCAUUAGAGGUAUAGUCAGGAAUACUUUGAACCUUACUGAACUUAGGGUUAGAGUUAAGGAGUUCAUGGCCCCAAGUAGUCUUUGAAUUUGUAGGCACACUUUACAGUGAGAACUGGCUUAUUUUCUGUGGGUAGGUUGACUGCUGAGGUACAGAAACGCGAUGUCUUGCAGAUUAUAAACCUUGCACUGAUUUGAUUUUCUUUUGGUAAAUGUUACCUAUGUUGCAGCAGGUCUUGCUUAAUCUGGUGAUGAAAAAGAAAUGAAAUACAGUACUAGUUUCAUUAAGUUUUUAGAACCAAAAUGGCAGCUAAUUACAUGUUAGUAACCUGAUCUUUGAUUCAAGGAAACACAUCUGAAAUAACAAAAUCCAUCUUUUCUUAAACUAUUUAUUCUUAAGAGGACUAUAUCAGAACUAAACAUGUAUAUAAUAGAUUCCAGCUGUCCAAAUCAUUAAUCUUUAGAGGGCUUUGUGUUUUUCAAGAGAAGCAGAGGGACCAGAACAAAGAAGUUUUGUUUAAACGUAGUAAAGGGGAGAAUGAUAUCUGUUCAAACUACUCAUGUGAAAUGUCAGUGGAAAGCUUGAAUGCUGUGAUGCGUGGUUAUAAAGCUAGCUGUGUCUGUGCACUACAACUUGCUCAUAAUGCUGAAGAACCAACACAGGUGGUGAGGGAAGACCUUGCAGAUAUAUCUAUGGGGAGAGUAUGAUGCACUGAAGGCUACCGUGAUACAGAUUGAGACGCCAGAUGCAGGUCAGCAAUGGUGUUCGAGUACAGUGCAAUUGCUUUUACCCGCCGUGACAAAGGUUCAAGUCCUCAACCAGCCUUGACAGACAGCCUCUGGUACCUUACGCUGUUUUAAAUGGUUUUUUUUUCCUUUUACAUGUAGUGUGUAGCUUUGAUAGAUCUACAUUUCAUUUAUGGUUUUGUACUUAGUGAGUUGAUUUAGGUUAUUGGUGCAAACUGGGGAAGCGAUUUAUGUGCAUAUGUGCAGUCAGCUGAAAUAGGUGUUUAUUCAUCUGUUGAGCAACAAGGACCUGACUUCUCUUUAAUGUAUCAAAGAACAAAUAUAGCUUAGCUUAACUGUAAGUUUUUUGAAGAUGUUAGUGAUCUGUGGAUUAGAAAUAUAAGGAAAAUAAAGAAAUAUUUUUCCCUAUCUGCCACUCCCCAUGCUUUCUGCUUUUCUAGCUUCUGAGGAUGUACGCUUCAGUGACUUCUAGACCUAGAACUUCAGUCCUCUGCCAUAUUUAACUGCGUUUCUUUUCCUCUGCGGGUAGAGGGGUAGAAUGAAUGAUGGUAAAGUGGAUGAUGUACUGGAUUGUUUUUGCCUUUUUCACCACUGCAGAAACACUCACAGACAUUGUUCUUUCUUGGUUUCCCUUUUAUUUCGAGUUGAAAAUCGCAUUUGUGAUUUGGCUGCUCUCCCCUUACACCAAGGGCUCCAGUGUCCUCUACAGGAAGUUUGUGCACCCAACGCUCUCCAAUAAGGAGAAGGAAAUUGAUGAAUACAUUACUCAGGCUCGUGACAAAAGCUAUGAAACCAUGAUGCGAGUUGGCAAAAGAGGAUUAAAUCUGGCUGCAAAUGCAGCAGUUACUGCAGCUGCAAAGGGCCAAGGAGUUUUGUCUGAGAAGUUACGAAGUUUCAGCAUGCAGGAUCUCACUCUGAUCCGCGACGAAGAUGCUGCGCAUUUGCAAAGCCAUGAGUCACAGCUUCGCCCCUCUGGAGGAAGCCUCCUUGAAACUAUUGAGGAUUCAGCUUCCUGUUACUCCUCAGGAGAGGAGAGUGGCGUGGUACAGAGACCUAAUGGAACCCCAUCAGAGAUUAGAACAGACCCAUCAGAUGAAGAUGCAGGAGACAAACUGCCAAAACGUUCGCAGAGCCUCAAAGCUCCUAGGAAGAUGACAAAAUCUGAGCUGCCUGUAAAAAGUGUGAAAGCCCGCCCUAAGAAGAAAGCUGCAGGUUCUCUUACUUCUGGGGAGUCAUCCUAAGGAGCCCUCCCCUCCACAACACCCAUCUCUGUCCCAGGAUUUGCCUGUAGCUUUUGAGUGGAAACUCUCCUAAGGAAGGGAGCUGAGAUUAAUGUACAUAACAGAUACUGCUUUGUAGAGCUCGUUCUAAGGUCAAGGGGGGAAGCUGGGAUUCAGAACGUGGAAUAGAGGAUGCACAUCCUCAGGAAAUUUCUCCUUUUCAUCCCCCUCUUGGAGAAAGUGCUAAUGUGUCUGUACAUAACCUGUUGCUUUGAAAUUCCUUCCGUGUAACCCUAACUGGAGAGAAUCUUGAUGAGGAGAACUGACCAGGGUUAGAGAUACGUGUUGCACUGAUGCUGGAAAAAUAAUCAGACAGUGGAGUUCCUCGGGGUUGGGUGGCUCCCCACAUUGUCUUAUUUUGCUCUGGGUAUCCUUCUGCAGCUGUGUUAAGAAGUGCCCACAACGAUUCAUCUGUCUUAGGAACGGACCACAACUGUCAUGUCCAUCCCCUUCCAGAAGUGACUAAAAUGGUGUAUGCUGAGUGCUUUUGAAUGUAAAGGACUCACUCAUGGGAGGAGUAAACCAGAUUAUGGAUUUUAGUACUGGAAGAUGAGCUUGUUUUUAUUUUUCUAAAAGGUUAGUGAUGAAAUUAGUAAGGUUAGUUAUGAAGAAAAUGUGCUGUUAUCUGCAUACAUGAAGGAGUAGAUACAGAUAUCCACGGGAGGUGGCUGUUGAGAAGGAAAGGUGAUCAUUCAUAAGAUUUUGGCAAUUUCUUUUUUUUUUUAAAAAAAAAAAAAAAAGAAAAAAGCUACUUGAGUUUUAUUUCUGUUGUUCACUUUGAUUCCUAUAAAAUCAGAGUGAGAGCAUUUCUGUGCAGUGGGAAAAGCAGUCAGUUUGCCAGUUGUUGAAUUCCGUGUUACAGUGAUGCUUUUCUACAGACUAAUUCUUACUUUCUAGCAGAUUUUCUGGGGAAAAUCUGACUCGCUGUAGUCUGCAGACAUACUAGAGAGCUCCAGAAGCCCUUGUCUUUCAGCUUCAGGAGAUCUAUUCUCAGAGUACAAGAACAGACAAAUAGCUGAUGUACAACCUUGUCUUAUUGCAGAAUUCGAUUUAUGGAGGAUAAAAGAGGGGUGGGGUGACUAGGGCUCACUAUUCUGCUUUAUCAGUCAUCCUGCUUUAUCCUACUCCAGCUCUUGCACAAAUUUUCUUUUUGGACCAUUAGCCAUGCUUAUCAAUGUUCUGAGACCUGAGCAGCAUCCAAUGCUUAGAACAGAAUUACGUUGCAUGUAGAAUAUAUGUUGUGAGAAUGAAACUGCGGAGAAAAGAUGAACAGAAAUGCAUAGCUCUCCUGUUGUUGAGUUCUGUAAUGGGGGAGCACCAUCACAGAGAGCUCAUGAUGCAGACAUUCAUGUUUGCCUGUGUUUCGUGCUGUAUAUUUCUCAAAUUACAGUAGAUUCAUUCAAAUUACAGAGACUCAGCAUUUUGUUAUUGACGAUGUAUGGAAGCCCUGCUGUAAGAUUCCACAAAUAUUUCUGUCCUAAGGAAGAGCCCUUCGGAAGUUUGUAAAGUUGAAGAUUGAGGCUGAAUUUUUUAUUUCAUACUGUCUUGGUGUCAAAUUGUUAUGAAUUACCCAAUGUUUGGGGAAAACAAUUAAGUUGCUUUUACUUUUCUUUGUCGCUUUUAAAAUUUUAAACCUUGACUGACUGUGUUAAAAACUUGCAUCUUGUCAUUAGUACUUGUCCUAAAGCAUGCACAAAUUCUUACCCAGGAUCCAGUAGAAAAUCUUUGAUUUUACUUUGGGAUUUGAGGUGGGGAGGCAAAGGGUGGAAGGGGAAGUAGAAAGUGUUCAUUUUUUCUUCUGCUAGAAAGCAUUGUAUACGUGCCUCACUAGUACAUGGAAUGGCAAGUACUGCAGCAAGAAUUCUUUCUGUUCCCAGUGGAAAUUCCUCUCCUUAUUGAAUAUGAGGAAGAUUAAGUUGUGAGGAAUUGUUCAGUACAAGAAACUCUAGGACGCAAGAAACUAUUAUUCUCUAUACUCAAAAUACCUCUAUAAUCAUAUUUCUAUAUUCUUCUUUUCCAACAAAAAAUCUCCAUGGCAAAUUAUUUAUCUAAAUCAUUGUGAGGGAGUUGAUUUGGAGGCAAGGGAUUAAUUACUCUGUCCUUAUGCUGAUCUUUCUGCCUUCUUGUGCAUGCUUUGAUAGUCUCUGAUUAUUAGGUUUUCAUACAGUGACUUUCCAGAAUGCUUUCUAGAUUCUGUUCAUCUGCAGUAACUUGUCCUGCUUUUAAUUGCAAGAAGAAUUUCUGAAGAUUCGAUUUUGGUGUUUGGAUUUGCUUUUGUCCUCCUGAACGAGAUGCUUUACUAAGUAUCUUUUACUUAACAUUGAUGCUUGAUAUCAUAGCCUUUGGGUAAGUAUGGCUCAAUCGAUCUGACUUCUUGUAUAGGGAGAUUAAAUCAUAUCUUUUUAAAAUUAAGAAUCUGGAGUAGUUACAGGCUAUGUGGAGUGUGUGAGAUACAGAGCUGAUGAUGUUAGGCAGCAGAACUUGGCCCAGAGCAAGAUAAUGUCUUAGAAUGGACCUUGUUUUCUUCUUCCAGUACAGAUGUGACUGCUAGAAUUCGCUCUGCUUGAUCAAAGCCUCUGCAGAUCUGCCACCACCCUUAGUGAAUUCCUAGAUAUAGUUCUGCAUUGGAUGACAUGGUCUUGCAUAGAAAUUCUCUUGCUAAUGAGAGUGCUGAAUGUGCUGUUUUGAUAAAAUGCUUUAACAGCUGUUGUUCAAUGUUUCCAACAGGAAAUGCUGGAAUGUAGUUUCUAUUCAGUAUCUUCUGUGAGCUUGAUUGUGCAAUUAAGCAAAUGGUUUAAUCUGUAACUAGCAGUAGAACCCACUGAGUACAGUAAGCAUUUGUACCUCUUUCCUCAUAACAUAAUUUCCUCUGGGACACAGAAAGGAAUGCAGAGAUUUCUAGAGAACCCUGGAUUUCCAGAAAUUGGUACUUUUGAAUCUUAUUUCUCUAUUGCCGUCUUGAUAGGCAGGAAAUGUGUGCCUUAGGAGGACACUGGGGUGGUCAUGGAACAUGCUGCUAGUUCUCUGGCAGAACAGAACAUUGUAUGAAGGCGGCUUAUGUGCUGACUAUGUAGUGUCCAUGAGCCUCAGAGCAACUGUUGAGCUGUUCUGAGUUUUUCUUUCUGUCUUCCAAACUUGCAUGCAAUUCUAGAAAGUAUGGGUUAUUGCCUAAGAGAGAAAUCUGGAAAGAGGGAGAAAAUUCUUAUCCUUCUUUCUGAUGAAGACACUGCACUGACAUAUUACUCUGCUGUUUGCCAGGGAGAUGCUGAAUGACAUUCCUUUAUGUAAUUGUUCAGUUUUAGAGAUGUUCUUAGAUUCCUUUUGGGAACCACCAGGCUGACACAUCUUGUGCUGCUCUUUGAGUUGCCCUGUGAACACACAUGGAAAACCUGCAAAAUAUUCUGUGAGGCUGUGUGAGUUCAGAGAAGAGUUGAAUUCAGAUGGGGAUCUCUGCAAGUUGUCUGGUCUGACAGGCCUGCUCAAGCAGGGCUACUUAGAGCUGGUUGCCCAAGAGUUCCUGUGCUAUACGUGGUCUGGAGCCUACUGAAUUUAAUGUUUUAUUAAUGGUUGAAUUUAAUGUUUUUGUAUAUGCAUAAAUGCGCAUGAAGCAUGGGAAUGUACUUUAGAGUUACCAAGGAGAAAGGAUCGGAGAACAGUCACCUUUCAUCUGGAAUUUGGCACUAUUACAAGAUGCUGUAAACAGCUCGGUUUUAUGUUGUUUCUAAGGUGCUGCUAUGAAGCCUAAUGGCUUCAAAUGAGAAGAGAUCUUAAGGAGUGUGCAGAGUAACUUGUGGGAACAAAUAGUUUGAAGGUAAAUGAAGACCAUGAGCUUUCACAGCAGCAAAGAACCUGUCUUGUGAGGUAGGGUAGGGUGGAAAAUGUGUUAUGUGCAGUACAGAUUUGUCUAGGAAAUAGUGACAACUGUUUUCUGAACCUCUGACCUUACUUCAGCUCUGUAUUCUACAGACUGGAAUCUGGUUUCUCUCUUACAGAAACCAUCCACCUUUCUAAGCUGGGCUUGACCUAUGUGUAUUUAGAUUCUUGAGCCUUUCAUCACCUCAGAACCAUAGAGUUUGAAUUUUUCCUCAGUGGUCAGUCAGAUUGUGGAAAGUACCUGAUAAAUAUCAAGCACUCUGUAGUAGACUUACUGGGAAAACAGUAGCAAGGAGCUCCAGGGGAUGGGUUAAUCUGGGAAAUUGAAUGUGCAAACAAAGCCUGUGUUAUGCACCUUUUUAGCUAAAUGCUGGAUUUUGCUACAGUCAUGUACCAGCUAUCUGUAGAAUCCCAAAAAUUCCAUGUCAUAAUUGUCAAUGUUUUGUUUGUAAAGAAAAACUGGAAUCACAAUAACAUGAAGUGAAAAGAAACAGUGAUAAGCAUGCUUUUUAUUUUGUUUUGUUUUUCCUGGUAAUUAGGUUGUAGCUGCUGCUUUUCCUGAACUUUUUCUAUGACCAUAUAACAGGCAAGUCAUUAUUUUCUUGCUCUGUUUCUCAGCUCUGACAACCUAGAAGUAACAUUUGUGAGAAGAUGCGAAAUUGAAUGUACUUUUGGUGGCCGAUAGGCAGAGUUUCAUAUAAUGGGCAGCUUUCUGAGCUGUAUCUGAAAUGUUUGCUGCUGCAGCUGAAAUGCAGUGCUAAACUGACUAAUCAAAGAUAAGAAAUUUAGUCAUAGUCUUUGCAGCAGGUCGGAAAGGGAGAGUUCUGCUAAAUGGCAAACAAAUGUAGGCAGUACUGCCAGAGGACGUUUCAUAGCAGUAUUGUAGGAAUAGCAGCUUGGGUAUGCAUAAGUGAGUAUCGAUACACAGUAGUUGACUUGCAGCAAAAUUUAACUGGCUGUUUCUUGACAAGGAAGAUUAGCCUAGCUCAUCCAUGCAAAUAAACUUUGUAUAGGUGUCUAUAGUCUGUGUAUUUAAACAGUGGACAAUUACAACAUGUUUAAAGAAACUUUCUUUUUUUGCUUUUAUUCUCUCCACCCAUUCAGACAAAUGAGGAAAAAAAAAACAAGCAAAGAAAAAAAAAAACAA